AUGGCGUGCAUCACCAUGGGAAGCGAUACUGAGUACUUACUUAGUAUGGUGUAUCGAUGGUCCCGGACCCAUCCACGCACUACAAACUUUCAGGUUCAAAAUAGUGGCACUCAGCUCAAGAGAAGAAAACGACAACGCAAAUUAUAUAUUUUUACAAUAUGGAUGAUCAAGGUUCUUCACUUCUGCUAA